AUGGGCCCAGACUUCAAAGAGGCCAUAAGGAAGGUGCACGAUCUCCUCCGACGUGGCACCUGGAGACUGGUCGAACGCAACAAGGCACAGGGAUCGCCUCUUCCACUGAAGUGGGUGUUCACCUAUAAGUUUGAUCAGGACGGAUACCUCCAAGGUGCAAAGCUCGGAUCUGCACAAUUCGACGUUGGUAACGCCUUCCUGUACAGCGACCUAAAGAAGGACCAUCCCGUCUACGUCCGGCCCUCUCCACUGCUCUGGUACAAUGAGAUCUCCCAGGCCCUCAAGGAGGCGGGGAUUGACCGUACGGAUGAAGAACGUGUGUUUACCAACGGCAAAAUCCUGGCUCUUGUCUAUGUCGACGACAUCUUGAUUCUCAACCCACGGCAAGAGAAGAAGGCGGUAAACGACCUGGUCCAGCAUCUCCAAUCCAAAUACGAUCUGCGCGAAGAAGAAUUUAAGUGGUAUCUUGGCAUCAGGUUGUAA